AUGUUAAUGGUCUAUGUGGUCCUGCACAAAUUCAUUUAUACACGGCUAACAAUAUCAAAAUUAAAUUGUGAUAAUAAUGUUAAUAAUGCUUGGAAAGUUUAUGAUUCAUUAAGUUACCCGAAAGAAUCAAAAAUUAAAUUUUUUAAAGAUAUAUCACCUGAUGAAGAAAAAGUUUCGGUUUCAUUUGAACAUGUUCAGCAGCAAAUUGGCGGUAAUGAUUGUGGAUUAUUUGCAUUGGCUUUUGCAACAUCUCUUUGUUAUAAAGAUGUUCCAUCUUUAAUGUUUUAUGAUCAAUUAUCUUUACGUGAUCAUUAUGUUAAAUGCAUUGAAAAUAAUGAAAUUCGACCAUUUCCUUCAAAAUCGAAGAGAGGAAGCACCAGAAAUGCUUCUAAAUUAGUUGAUCUUUAUUUGAAUUAA